UGACAGUCAGCUGAUUGGCAUAAUCAAUAAUCAAUACAAAAAUGUCUGCCAAUGUUAUUUAGGUUUGUGUUUUCCUUGUGAAUCUAAUGCUAUGUAUAAUGAUUAAGUGAAACACACGUGUUAUCAAUUAGAAUAUGGUAAUAUCAGGAACACAUCAUGUAGAACUUUGUUAGUUAUGCGUUAUGCGGACAGUGAAAUUACAAAAAAAAUUGUGAACGAAGUAUUUUUAGAACAUUUCUGAAAGUUUAGGCACAUUUCAUUUUAACGCGUACAAAGGAAUUUCGGUAGCUAAUUGGGCAGGUAGAGUAUUUCUAAUCACUCUUACAAUUUUGCCGAAAGUCAAAAGUUUCCGUGUAGAAGUACUUGCUGAAUACAAGUACAUACAAAGAGAACGUCGUCCAUUCAAUCUAUUUGACUUUAUUUUGUGCUUGAGUUAACUGAAACAUGGAUUCUGUAGGCGAAUAUGAGUAUGCUCCCAAAGAUAUUUUAGGACAUGGAGCUUUUGCAGUUGUUUUUAAAGGACGCAGUAAAAAAGAUACGAAUUUUACGGUGGCUAUUAAAAGCAUAGCAAAGAAGAAUUUGAUCAAAUCGCAGAAUCUACUUGGAAAGGAAAUCAAAAUAUUGAAGGAGCUGACUGAACUACACCAUGAACACGUUGUAGCUCUACUUGACUGCAAAGAAACAACGAAUCAUGUAUUUUUGGUUAUGGAGUAUUGCAAUGGUGGUGAUUUGGCAGACUAUCUAAGUGCCAAGGGCAGCUUAAGUGAAGAUACAAUAAGACUAUUCUUGAACCAAUUAGCUGGAGCGAUGCAAGCUCUUCAUGCUAAAGGCAUCGUGCACAGGGACUUGAAACCGCAGAAUAUUCUUCUAUCGCACACUGGAACCAAACUUCAUCCACAACCAUCAGAAAUCAAACUAAAAAUAGCUGACUUUGGAUUUGCACGAUUUCUUCAGGAUGGUGUCAUGGCAGCAACUUUAUGCGGUAGCCCUAUGUAUAUGGCCCCAGAAGUGAUAAUGUCUCUACAGUAUGAUGCCAAGGCAGAUUUGUGGAGUUUGGGAACAAUCGUGUUUCAGUGCCUCACUGGUAAAGCUCCAUUCCAAGCUAGAACGCCUCAGGAGUUGCGGAGUAUUUACGAAAAGAACUUAAAUUUAUCACCAACGUUUCCACCAAGUACCUCGCCGGAACUAGUUGAACUUCUUAUGGGGCUACUGAAAAGAAAUCCGAAGGAGCGCAUGAACUUUGAAUUGUUUUUUAAUCACAAAUUUUUGCAACGAGAUGUACCCGCUAGUCCACCAAUUCAAGCAGAUACUAUCUACGGUUCUCCAUUAGGUAGAAUGCUGUUGAAACAACCAUCCACCCCAGUUAGAAUUGCAACACCUCCUAGAUCACAACCAGAAUCUCCGCGUUCUGCAAGGACAGCACUCAGCUCGAGUCCUGAAGAGGAUUAUGUUAUAGUGUCUCAAACCCUUCAUUCAACUGGAUCCAACCCCUCCAUUGAUAUGAGCCUGGAAACAGAGAAAGAGAAACCUACCAACAUAAAGCUGCCGAUGCGCAUUUCGCCUGCAGAACCUUUGACUCGUGAUUCGCGCCCUAUGUUGAACAGUCCUUCGCGGCCUAACUUCUUACCCAUCUCGGAGCCAAUUCCAGUUCCGAGCCAACGAGCGGCCUUUGAACGAAUGUACAGUCAACGAGCAUCCAGCAAGGCCGGUGAAGAACCGCAACCUGCAGAGUCUCCAAUUGAAUCACCAGAGAACAACGUCUCGGUACCUCGUUCGCAACCUAUAACGAUGAAGAGGAUUCCAGAUAGGCAGCUCAGUAAUGACAUUGAUAUUACUUCUUUAUCACCACCUUCAGUUCAAUUUGUGAUUGGUACGCCUCCGGGAGGCGGCAGGCGACGUUCCACUUCCAGUUCCCUGUGCGAAACACCACCUCCACCAAGCAUAUGGACGGUUAGUCCGACUAGUAACAAGAACAUGCCUUUUAAUUCCCCACGGAGGACGGGAACAUCUCCUCCAGUAUUAACUGGGCCACUUGCCAGAGUACCAAUUUUGAGCAGCCCAAAUAUCAAUGAAAAUAACAAUUUAGGUCGCUCACCAGUGAUCCCAUUUUGCACACGAGCUGUAACUCUUCCAGAAAUAUCUGAAAUGGGCAACUAUCACCACUUCUUUCAAGACACCGAAACAGUGGCAAGUAAUAGCGACAUGCAACCAAUUUCAUUCUCCCCGGAAUUACCCGAAGAAACAUUAUUGGGUAAAGAGCACACCGAAACGCUGGCAAAAAUCAACUUUGUUCUGGCGCUGAGCACUUGUAUAAUUGAUCUGGCUUCCCAAAGAGCGACACCAAUCAACGCCUUGGUAAAUAGAAGCUCAAGCAGUACAACUCUUCCCACUACGGAAGUAGAACGCCGUACUGAGCAAAUGGUAUUGUUGGUAAGGGCACUUCAGCUGUUGAGCAGCGGAUUGGCAUUAGCUACCAAGCAGCUGAAAAAUGGACAGCUGAGGCCCAGUACUGCAGUGAAAAACGUGGUAUCAACACUUAAUACAAAGUUUCGUUCCACUCUCAUGGACUGCAAGCAAUUGAACAAUUCUGGUUUAUUGAACAAGAUUGGAACUACUGACAUCACUGCUGACAAGAUAAUCUACAAUCAUGCCAUACAAAUGUGCCAGACAGCAGCCUUAGACGAACUAUUCGGAAAUCCAGAGCAGUGCUUCCAAAGAUAUCAAACUGCGCAAAUUUUGCUUCAUAGUCUUUCACAGCAGGUUCAAAACCUUCAAGAUAGAAUACUCUUAACGAAAUAUAAAGAUGCAGUGGAGAAACGAUUAUACGUACUUCAGCAGCAAGGUUACAUAUUUGCAACCGAUCUGCAAUAAAAUAUAACUACUGAGCGAACAGCUACUCGAAGGCAGUUCGCUUUAGUAUUUUUCUCCUUUGCUUUAAUAUUUUCAGCUACUAAGCUGGCAUUUCGAUAUUUAAAUGAUAAUUCUAACAAAAACUAAUUUGUUGGUAAGUACCUGGCCAUCUGCUGCAAUUCAGCACUCAAAUAGUGAGACGUAAACAUUUCAUAUUAUCCGAACAGGACAAGUUGAGUUUGUUUGGAAAAUUAUUUUAUUGUUAGCAAGAAAUGAGUUUCAUUAGGCGUAUUUUCAGUAUCAAUUUUGGAGGCAAAUAAAGUACAGGUAAAAGAAAAUAAAAAUUAUGGUUGUGUGCGAACUGCUGUAAAUAAGGCUUCCAAGGAGAGACAACUCCAGUGCUUAAUGGCAGUGCUUCUUUCUACACGAGUUCUUAGUUUCGAUGUAGCAAAUGUACCUAUUCUAUUGUAAAUUGUAAAGUGUUUACACAUGCUACCUUAUUAAAAGCACAAUGAAGAGUUUUAGGCGACAUACUUACCUUAAUGCAUACAGAAGUGAGAGGUUUAUUGUCAUUGUUUAGCUGCAAGUAAAAUUCCUGGAAACUGUGAUGGAAAUGUGCAAUGCUGUUUUAAAUUUGAAAUUGGCUUAUAAAAAUUUAUAUCCUGAAAAUUAUUUCGUGCUAGACAUUUUAACAAAUUGACAUCAAAUUGUCCCUAUCAAGUUUUACGAGAGAAUCUACACACACACUUCCAUUUAUUCAUAAACAAAAACUAUUAAAUUAAAUUCAUUUUUAAAACUGGUAGCCAGAGCCAAUAUAGCUUAAUUUGAAGUUAAUUUUAAAUGCCGCCAUAAUUAGCAAACAAGUUAAAGUCCAAAUCUAUGCAAAUUUUUACAUUGAAAAUUGCCGACCACGAUAUUGGACGGAUUUUUUGAGCAGUGUUCAUUCGUUUGGGACAUUUUCAUGCAUAUCAUAACAUGCUCUCUGCUCUCUUAAUUUUAAUUGCUGUUAUCCGAUGCACAUAUCAUAGUUUGAUGAGAAAACCGUAUUUGGAAUGGAAAAUGGAAAUAUUUUUACAAAUGUAUUUCAGUGACUGUUAAUAAAAUAAUUCCGCUCGAAUGUAUACCAAAUUGAGCUCGAUACAGUAUUUAAGCUUUUUUUUAAUAUUCGGUUUAUUUUGCUCCAGUUUUCCUACACUAGUCGCUUCAAACUGAUGGCUUUGUUUAGUAGGUUUUUUAGUUUUUUUACUCUCCGUCUAUUUUAAUCAUUUUGGUUUGGUUGUACAGGGCAAUUUGUUUGUACGUUUGAAGCUUCAUAGCCGUUAUCUGACUUAACAACAUUAGUAUGCAUUAGGGUCUGAUUUGUCAUAUUAAUCUUUAACUUAACGGGUUUAGUAGUAUGUUCGUAAAAUGUUUAUAUGUAAUUAACACAAACUUAUUAUGACAUCAUUAUUGCACGAAUUAAUACUGAGGUGAGCAAAAUGUAAGUAAAUCAUGUUAUGUAAAGUAUAUUUUGCAGCAAUUAUUUUGAUAAUUUGCGGGGUAAUGCAAAUAUUUACUCUAGGGAUUUUGCAGGCGAAACGCAGAUAAUAUUUACCGUGCAUUGGUAGGUGAACAUCCCAAAACACCCUGUUUGUAUAUAACCUACUUAUAUGUCAUAUUAUAUAUCUAAAUUGCAAUUUCGGUUUAAUUGAAAGGAGUAACUUGGGUGCCAACAUUAACUCUUCUUUGUUGGGUAAUUUACCAAUUAAAGUAUAAAAAAUUAAUUGGUUUACGUUAAUAACAGAUUUGUCUUCAGCUUGAUGUCUAGAAACGAAAACUAAAAACGUUUGGUUAAAAAAAAACUUAUACUCAAGCUCUUAGCCAUCACAAAUAAACAUCUACGUUGGCUUCAAUCUUAAAAAUCUAAUUCUCAUUUAGUUUUUUUUAAUGCUCAAUAAAUGUGGUUAACUAUAUUUCAGUGGAACGUUUUUAUUGGUUCCAGUACUUCAUAACAAAACUGACUAUUUUGCAGUUUAUUAAUUAAUUAUUUGGUAAAAUGCGUUUAGGUAUAGUCUACAUAUACAGUAUAAACUACGUAUAUUUUGUCGUAUUAUCCUUAAUUGUUUACUUUAUAGUGAUAUUUUUCAUAAUAGCAUAAGUAAAGUUAAUUAUCAGUUCUGUAAAGUUCAUACCUAUAUUAUAAAAAAAUAAUUAAAAAAAUAUAAAAGUGAACGUUUUCGUUGUUUUUAUCAGUUAUAGUGGAGAUGAUAACACUUCGUGCAGGAUUAUUAACUUCAUGAAAUAAUUAAGCACUCAGUUAUUUUUUUAAAUUUUUUAUUGCUGCAUGUAUUCUAAUAUAAUGGGUAAAACCUUUUCGUUGCAGGGUCGACAUAUCCUUAUUGAGGUACUUAUUGAGGUG